UUAAACAUUUUGGUAUAUAUCUUCCUUACCCUAUUCACCAAUUCCAAUACACAUUUAUUUUUUCCAUCAACAUAUCACAACCAGUGCAUGCUCAACAUUUUCAACCCUCUCAGUCUACUCUUAUUCAACAAACUUUCUAUUAAUAUGUUCCACACUUUUGUAUCUGUGUUGAAUAUGUGACAGUGGCAGAAGGUUUGAGUGUUAGGGAAGAAGAGAGUGUGUGAUGAAUGUUGAAUCUACACGCCUCAUCACGGAUAAGUCCUUAAGAAUAGUGAAUCUACACUUUUUUUUGUGAUUUCGUCAGUUUUUACAAAUUGGUGAUGGAUGUGCCACAAACUCCAACCCCCUCUCCACAUUUGUAUCCACAAGAACUUCAACUUAAACUUUACCAAGCCUUCAUCUUCUCCAUUCCCAUACUCUUUUCCAUCAUUCUUGUUCUCUUGUUUUACUUGUUCUACCUCAAAAGGAGAGCUUCCUCUCUCUCAUCACCACCCCUUCACAUACUUACCAACAGUUCCAAUCCUCAAACAACAUAUCCUUACCCUUCACAACCUUGCCGAUUAGAUCUGACUGUGCAAUUUCUUGACAAACUUCCAAGAGUUUUAUUUGAUGAGGAUUUUGGAACAAGAGAUUCUGUAUGUUGUGUUUGCCUUGGAGAAUUUGAGGUGAAGGAAGAGCUGCUACAAAUUCCUUAUUGCAAGCAUGUGUUUCACAUAAGCUGCAUAUGCAACUGGUUGCAAUCAAACUCCACGUGUCCACUUUGUAGAUGCUGCAUCACACCCUCCACUAAGUUCCUUAAUACACCCUCACCUAUUGUAUCAGACUCACCACAGCAGGGUGCAAUUUCAGGCUCUUCAUCACACAUCAUAUCAAUGCCUCAGCAACAAGAAGAUGAAGUUGGUAAUUCCACAAACACUACCAUUUCCCAAGGAAAUAAUGGUGUAUUACUUAGAUGAUCAUAUUUUUGAAUUCAAAGAAGAGAUUCAACUUGCCCUCAUGAUGAGUUAAGAGUUCUGUAAAUUCAAAAUCAAUAAUUUAUGAAAUAAACUCUAGCAGCUUCUUUUUAA